AUGACAUCGAAAACACUAGAUUCAUACAGCAUGCUUUCAUGCCCAGCUACAGAUGCUUUGAGGACUGUUCAAGCAACCAAGGUCGGAAGAAAGGGCAGAGCAUCAGGCUUUGAUGUCAUGCUUUCUUCUUCUCUCCUUGACCUCACUUUUGUCGACGCUUCCGUUGACAGUUUCCCUUCUAUUGAAUGGGACUCUGAUGACGAUUUUGAUUCCAAUUCAAGUCUUCGAAGCUUGGAUACUCUAAUCAGCGAUGAUUCCUCCCUGAGUUCGCUAGGAAAGCGAUCCAGAAGUGAUUCUCGCUCUUCAAGAAGACUCGUUCGUUCUCGAAAAAUCAAGUCUGGAUUGGCUUCUCUUGCCCUUCCUUUGCCCAUAUCAACGACUUCCUGA